AUUUUAUCCACACAGAUCUGCUCAGAAAUUACGUCGGGGAACGCUUGGACCAUCCCCAGCCGGUGCCCGUUCCGUUCGUGGCGCCCGGCACCACCUUGAAAUGAUCAAGGCAGCAUGGGUAAAAGGCAGGUACACCUUUUGGCUGGUGUCAAACGUUUGGUCUUGCGAUUUCCACCUUUCUUCCUCCAACCCAAAUCCCCUCCCCGCGACCUUUCUUCCCGCCUUCCUGGAGUUCCCUCUUUCAUCCCUGACUCAAUUUCCCUUUUAAUAUCAUCAACCGGACUUUUGUCAAUCUUCUUUCCAUACCCUUACGAAUUCCACCUCGCAGCAAUCGGAACGCGUCUUGGUCGCGUUAAGUGACCUCUUUCGUGGUCACCAUGGCUCCUCGGCCCCGGCCCAGCGCCGUCGACACGGACGCGUCAAUGUCGGACGCGCCGGACAAUCAUCACACAGACAACAUGGAGGUUGACGAGACGCCUGAAUAUACCGACUCAGACACUAACCCCAACACAACGGCAAGUAGUGUUGCUGGUGAGCCAGUGACAGAUGGGCGCCGGAAGCGAUCAGAGGCGAAUCAGCUUCGUCGUAGUAUAUUUGGCAAGAAACAUGACCGCCUCGGAGAGUCCAAGGAAGAGGACACUUUGCGGAGGUUUCGCUAUCUUUUAGGAUUAACCGACCUUUUCCGCCACUUUAUCGAAACCAACCCUGAUCCUAAAAUCCGAGAGAUCAUGGCCGAGAUCGACAGACAGAACGAAGAAGCCUCCAGUAGCAGGAGAGGCGGAGCUCGUCAGGGCGGCGCAGCUAGCGGAAGACAUCGGCGGACCGAGGCUGAAGAAGAUGCCGAACUACUACUCGACGAGAAGCACGGGGGAUCGGCAGAAACUGUGUUCCGCGAGUCGCCAGCCUUCAUCCACGGCGAAAUGAGGGACUAUCAAAUUGCUGGUCUCAAUUGGCUGAUUUCUUUGCACGAGAACGGCAUCUCCGGCAUUCUGGCGGACGAGAUGGGUCUAGGAAAGACGCUACAGACCAUUGCAUUCCUGGGUUAUUUGCGACAUAUCAUGGGCAUCACGGGUCCUCAUCUCAUCACAGUGCCAAAAUCGACUCUGGACAACUGGAACAGAGAGUUUACGAGAUGGACGCCCGAGGUCAACGUUUUGGUCUUGCAGGGUGCGAAAGACGAACGGCACGCGUUGAUCAACGAUCGUCUCGUCGAGGAGAAGUUCGACGUUUGUAUCACGAGCUACGAGAUGAUUCUACGCGAAAAGGCACACUUGAAAAAGUUCGCAUGGGAGUAUAUUAUCAUCGAUGAGGCGCAUCGCAUCAAGAACGAGGAGUCAUCUCUCGCCCAGGUCAUUCGCCUCUUCAACUCACGGAACCGCCUACUCAUCACAGGAACGCCUCUUCAAAACAACUUGCACGAGCUCUGGGCUCUGCUCAACUUCCUCCUCCCAGACGUAUUUGGCGAUUCUGAGGCCUUUGAUCAGUGGUUCUCCGGCCAGGACCGGGACCAAGAUACGGUAGUUCAACAGCUUCAUCGAGUACUCCGCCCAUUCUUGCUCCGCCGCGUGAAAAGCGACGUCGAGAAGAGUCUGCUUCCCAAGAAGGAAGUCAAUCUAUAUCUCGGCAUGUCGGAGAUGCAGGUCAAGUGGUAUCAAAAAAUUCUGGAGAAGGAUAUCGAUGCUGUCAACGGUGCUGGGGGGAAGCGGGAGUCCAAGACAAGACUCCUCAACAUCGUCAUGCAGCUUCGAAAAUGCUGCAACCACCCUUACCUCUUUGAGGGAGCAGAACCGGGUCCCCCUUACACGACAGAUGAGCAUUUGGUUCAAAAUUCUGGAAAGAUGGUCGUUUUGGACAGACUCCUCGCCAAGUUCCAACAGCAAGGCAGCCGUGUCCUCAUUUUCUCCCAGAUGAGCCGUCUGCUGGAUAUCUUGGAAGACUACUGUGUCUUCAGGCAGUAUAAGUACUGCCGUAUCGAUGGUAGCACUGCCCACGAGGAUCGCAUUGCCGCGAUCGACGAAUACAACAAACCUGGGUCCGAAAAGUUCAUCUUUCUUCUGACCACCCGAGCUGGAGGUCUGGGCAUUAAUUUGACCACGGCGGAUAUCGUUGUUCUCUACGACAGUGAUUGGAACCCCCAGGCCGAUCUGCAGGCCAUGGACCGGGCGCACCGUAUCGGGCAGACGAAGCAGGUGGUCGUUUACCGGUUCGUCACUGACAAUGCCAUUGAGGAAAAGGUCUUGGAGAGAGCAGCUCAGAAGCUGCGGCUCGAUCAGCUUGUCAUCCAGCAAGGCCGGGCGCAGAUUGCUGCUAAGGCUGCGGCCAACAAGGACGAGCUCCUCUCCAUGAUUCAGCAUGGGGCCGAGAAGGUGUUCCAGACUAAAGGAGCCACUGGCUCCCUCGCUUCCAAUGGAGCAGAUAUGGACGACGACGAUAUUGAAAAGAUUCUUGCGUCCGGCGAAGCCCGUACUAAGGAGUUAAAUGCCAAAUACGAGCAACUUGGAAUCGACGAGCUGCAGAACUUCACAUCCGAAUCCGCGUACAACUGGAAGGGCGAGGAUUUCAAGACGAACAAGAAGGAUAUCGGGAUGACCUGGAUCAAUCCGACCAAGCGGGAGCGGAAGGAGCAGUCCUACUCGAUGGAUGCCUACUUCAGGCAGACCAUGUACCCUCCCAAGGAGAAAGAAAGCAAGCCUAAAGCGCCCAGAGCACCGAAACAAGUUCCCAUCCACGACUGGCAAUUUUUCCCUCCCCGGCUACGCGAUCUGCAGGAUCGCGAAACGGCCUACUAUCGCAAAGAGGUCGGGUAUAAGGUCCCAUUGCCUGACGGAGAUGACGAAAACCUGUCUGAACGAGAGGCGGAGCGAGCUCUGGACCAGCAGGAAAUCGACAACGCCACUCCACUCACCGAAGAAGAGCAGGAAGAAAAGCAGCGCCUCUCGCAGCAAGGCUUUGGCGACUGGAACCGUCGAGACUUCCAGCAAUUCAUAAAUGCGUCCGGUCGGUAUGGUCGCCACGACUACGAGAACAUUGCCGAGGACAUUGAUAACAAGAAUGCUGCCGAUGUGAAGCAAUACGCCAAGGUCUUCUGGCAACGGUAUAAGGAGAUUGCGGAUUACAACAAGUACAUCAAGACGAUCGAGGAUGGCGAAGAACGCAUGCGCAAGAUUGAACACCAGCGCAAGCUUCUGCGCAAGAAGAUGUCGCAGUGCCGGGUGCCCUUACAGCAGCUCAAGAUCAAUUACUCGGUCUCUACGACGAACAAGAAGGUGUACACCGAAGAGGAGGACCGAUUCUUACUGGUGCUUCUCGAUAAGCUGGGCAUUGACAGCCCCGGGCUGUACGAAAAGCUUCGGGAUGAGAUCGCCGAGUCACCACUCUUCCGCUUCGACUGGUUCUUCCUCAGUCGCACACCCACCGAGCUCAGCCGUCGGUGUCAGACCCUGCUCACCACCAUUGUCAAGGAAUUCGAGGAUGCUCAGCCAAGCAAAGCGACCACCAACGGCAAGGUCAAGAGGGAUGUGGAAGACGAAGAGAAUGACGAGGACAGCGUUUUGGGAAUGGCGCCGGCCAAGAAGAAGGCCAAGAAGGGCGUUAAGAACAAGGCUUUAGACAAUGUCAAGUCUGAGGCCGGCAGUAAGAACACGUCGGCCUCCCCAUCACGAGCAUCCAGCGUAGCAUCGACGAAAUCCAACGGCGCAUCUAAGAGCAAAUCGAAGGGAAAGAAAAAAUAGAGGAACGUCAAAUCCAGGGGUGGCAGGCGGCGCAUGCCGCAAAUGUUGUGAAAUAGACUAUGGCGUUUGGAAGACGUAAGGAGAAGGACGUAUGGUUGUCAUAUUUUUGUUUCGGCGGCCUUCCUUGAGGAAGAAAAGGAUUGGGUUUAGGUCUGUCUGCUGGCUGUGGGAGCAGAUGGGAUGUAUGUGUAUGAAAUUCGGACAAACAUCAGCAGGCUACCCAACCCACCCACUCAAGCGAGGAAGAUGAAGUCGCGAAUAAAACGUAAUUAACUUUAAUCAUCCUUUGUAUCAAUAAUAGGCCUUCCUCAGGCGAGGAUUCGGCGGAU